GGUCCUCAGUCAAGUGGAGCAAUAUGCAUGACAUUCAUAUGUAUCAUCAUGUGGGAUUCUGUGGCUGUUGCUUCCUCCUUUUUCCCCUCUGUUUUGUCUUUUCGCACGCCACCUCCAAGUUCACCCCCCUUGCUCUUGAGCCACCUAUACGUCUAUAUACUGCAGCUACAUAUAUGUUAUGGAGAAUAAAAAAAAAAAAAACGUAAAAUAAGCCUGUACGUGAUGCCCAUAGGCUAUUACGAUAAAACUAAUAUUCUAAGUUUGUGUACACACUCAUCCAGCGCAAGCGCAGUGCUCUCCGUUUCGUCGACUGAUUCAGCAGACGCCCACCACAGCCACACUAGUUCCCUAAGAGAAGUAGAAGAGAUUAUCGCUCUAGGAAAGGGAAUUAGGACAGUAAGGGCCGUUGUUCCUCUCUGAGGCUUCCUAACAGCUCUUGUGUAAUUUAGGGGAAGUGGAGGCGGAGGAAGACGGGAGUUGUAGACACUGGACAACAGGCCUUCAUGCAUGACUAAGGCUUUUCCCGUGGCUCUUUCUCUCUCUUUAUUUUCCACCGCUCUGUCUCGUGAGGAGAGUGGCUGCCUCCACCAGCUCCACUGCCGUUAAAGUGAGCAGUCCCAAUAUCAAUGCUCAUUGUGAACUCGGUUAAGACAGCGUGCUGAUCCAGUGAGCAGAUCUCAAUAAAGUGAUGCGAUGCAGAUAAUACAACGCAGCUAAGCUUCAAUUUACGACUUUUGUUUCUUUUGGUCUUAUUUUUGGGAUUCUUUACAAAGCUUUGAAUCUGAUAUCAAGGAUGGCUGGAACUCUUGAAUACACAAGGCCAGCUAUCACACCAUCUUUCGGGCUGGACUGCGCAGCAGCUGCUCGCCCCCCACGCCCCCCUGCCAUGGUGUCCCGCGUAGGCAUGCGCCAGCUGCUCAUGCGUGAACAAAUGCAGCAGGAGGAGCAGCGGGAGCGCCAACGUCACCUGCACCACAUGCAACAGCGGCCACCCGGACCUCCUGCUCCCUCGCCUGCCAUCAAUGCUCCCGUGCACUUCCCGGCACCAAUGCAGGUGCCUGUCGAAGUGCUGAAGGUACAAACCCAUCUGGAGAACCCCACUGACUACCACAUCCGCCAGUCUCAGAGGCAGCAGGUGAAGGAGUACCUGUCCAGUACCUUCGCCCCCAAGCAGGUCGUCCACGCUGCAGCCGGGGUAGUCCACCCCUCUCCACCCAGCAUUGCGCAAUGCCAGUCAGCCGGUGCCGUGCAACCCCUGCCCUCACCUUGCGCAUCGCAGCUCGUCACCUCAGCAGGGAACAGCGCUCCCAACAGUCCUAUGGCCAUGCUGAACAUCAGCUGCAGCCAAGAGAAAGAGAUGGAGGAAGUGAUUGAAGACAUCAUCAGCAUGCAGUCCAGCUACGAUGACAUACAAAAUUAUGUUGAUCCUGUGGUACAGAUGCCAAACACACUCCCUCUGCCCAGUAGCCAUUUGGAUGUGUACACUGGGCCUGGCAUAUCAGGUCCUACCAUUGCCAUGACUAGCAACUCCUGCCCUGCCAACCUACAUCACAAGAGAGAGCUCACAGGUAGAACCGACCACAACCAAGACAUCAAACCGUUGAUUCAUUCUAGCUGUCCUUAUGAUGCUGAAGCUCGUGCAUUGGUCAAGGAGAGACAGAAGAAAGACAACCACAACCUGAUUGAAAGGAGGAGGAGAUUCAAUAUCAACGACCGCAUCAAGGAGCUGGGCACCAUGAUUCCUAAAACUAAUGACCUGGAUGUCCGUUGGAACAAGGGCACUAUUCUCCGGGCCUCAGUGGAUUACAUUAAACGAAUGCAGAAGGACAUCCAGAGAACCAGGGAUGUGGAGAGCAACUUCAAGAGGAUGGAGGUGGUCAAUAAGCAAUUGUGGCUCCGUAUCCAGGAGCUGGAGAUGCAAGCCCGGAUGCACGGUCUGCCUAGCACCUCACCGUCGGGCCUGAACAACAUUGAAACCCUGAACCCUUUUGUGAAGCAGGAAAACAGCCCCGAGGAGAUUCACCACCAGCGACUUCCUCCCCAUCAGCCCCCUCAACUCCACUCCCACCCCCAGCAGCUCCACCCCCAGCAGCUCCACCCCCAGCAGCUCCACCCCCAGGCUUCUCAGCUCCACCCCCAGCCACCACUGCAAUACUCGGCCGUAGGCAGCACACAGCCCUUUGACUUCGGCCAUUCACUGGACUUGUGCGAUGGGGGCAUGCCAGGUUAUCCAGAUGGCAUGGGGUGCCUGGGGGACCUGGGCUCUAUAGGAGGCACGGCUGGUGGCACCAUGGUUCACGCAGGCAAGAAGAAUGAGAUGGCCUGGAUGGACGAGGCGCUGUCGCCACUGGGCACAGAUCCACUGCUCUCAGCCAUGUCGCCUGAGGCGUCUGUGGACAGCAGCCGCCGUAGCAGCUUCAGCAUAGACGACUCGGACAUACUGUGAAAGGGCCCCAGCACAAAUAUUAACACAUACACACCAAUUUUGUUAAAACAUAAAAGGCGUAACGGCACAUGCACCUUUUCAUAAUUUCAAGUACAUUUUUAUGGUACCUAUAUACCAUAGGCAGUCAACAAACCAAAAUACUCCCUUAAAUAUGAUUUGAUUCACAUAGCAUCCAUACACUCCUAAAAACUUACAUACACUCAAUCAGAUAGUUAGAUAUGCAAAAAGCAAGAUUUCACAUAGCAGUACAACCAUACAAAUUCAAAAAGGCCAUUUAAUCGAGAAGAAAGCAUUUUUUGGUGAUUGAAAAAGUGGCACGCAAUUUUUAGUUCUCAUCCCAACCACUCACAGCUUUAAUCAGUGCCAUACUACUGGCCUUUAACAUUAAACCAAUGGGAGAAGGAAGGGGAAAUCUAGAAAUGCAUACAGUAUGUUUUAGAAUUAAACAUUAUCAUUCAAAGGCAGCUUUUUCUCAGGCAUUUAGAAAAAAAAAACAACAGGGAGAUCACCCCAAAAACUAAAGGAUCUAAGGUAACCCUUUAUUUGAAGAUCCCUUUUUGAAGGCAUUCAGAAAAUGUUCACGGAUCUUGUAUAGACGUUUAUUUGAGGUUUUUUUAUACUAUGACGUAAUAUAAAUGUCUACAUAAGUGUAAAUACUUGGGUUAGUGGUAGCUCUGAGGUUGAGGUUCUUGCGCUAAUGUCCAAAAGUCACAAAACUGACUGUAGCUGAACAAGUCCCUUAAUCCUCAGCUAAUCAUCCUGGAUUAGAUUCUGCCUCAAUUAGGGUUUUUUAAUUAAAGUGUUACCAACUCCAUUAAUGGUGUGCUAGGAACUGUACCUAAAGUAUUAUUACUAUAUUAUUACUUUUUCAAAGUGGAUCCUUGAAGUAAUAAGUAAUACUUAAGCAAAUAAAGUAGUGUACUAAAUAGUCUUGGUUUCAACAUUAGUGCCAGAAGCAUUAGGUGAUUCGUGUAGCAGGAUGGUUAAGGUGCUAGCAAAAAAAAAUUGCAUGUUGUACGGAGCAUGAAACUAGCCUGUUAAUCCAACCAGUGUACUUCCUCACCAAGGUAAAAAUUUCCCCCAUGAAGUGUGAAUUCAAAUGGGGUUAUGCUUAACCCUCCAGUUCUGUUCACUUCUGACUCCUAUUGACCCAGGCCAUCUGUUUUUUAUUUAACAGCAACACAGCUGUAAAAUCUCUUCUAAACCAGCCGCGAUAACUUCAUCUUAUUUAUUAGCAAUAGGAAAAUUAAUCACACAUGUGGUCCUCAUUCAUACACUCCUUACAGCAUGCGUAUGUGUGUGUGUGCAUGUGUGUGCGCUGUAAAUAAAUAUGGUGAGUGACGGAGUAAUGGACUCAAUCACCUUUUUUGUUUAAGAAUAAGUAGUUUUUAUCCCUUUUAUUUUACCUUGUUAUCUUGUUGACCCGAACAUAAUUUCUGUAAUAUAAAUAUGACUUUUCAGAUUAUUUUUAUGUUUAUUAGCGCAAUUUAAAGCAAGCAUAAAGUUUCAUGUUGAAAAGAUUACUGUAAACGUGAUUUGGGUCAUUUUACCCUGAACAGAACAUGAGGUUUAAGCUCCUCACGGCUAUGUGCACUUCCUCUCUGCCCUAGGUAACUUUACAAGGGCAAGGAUCUAAUGUGCAAUUCCAGCUAUGAAAUUUAAAAACAACAAAAAAAAUUAAGUUUAAAAAAAAAGAAAAAUGGUUAAAACUAGUUUAUAUGAUUUUUUUUCCUUCUCUCUCCAAAGCACUGAAAUUUUAUGAUUUAAUGACUUUAUAAUAGAUGAUUUAUUAAGAUUUUAUAUGCCACUAAGCCACUUAAGUGUAUAUAACUUUUUAUUUUUAUUUGAUCUUCCAAAAAUGACCUUUGCUAUCUCAGUGCAGAGCCAUUUAAAUAUGAAAAUAUUUAAACCACUAGCCUUAUUGUACAUGGCCAGCGAGCCAUAUAAUAUAUUUUUGUUCUUUUUUUAAUGUUAGAAUUUAUCAGGCUUUUAAGGAAGUAAAAGAACAUGUAUCAUGUUUUUAUAUUGAUUUGAUUUUUUAACAUAGUUAUUCAAAAAAAUAUAUAAUGAGUGAUUAUUCUGUAAUUUUAUCAGUUUUAAUUAAAACUUUGUGAAUGUGAAUUUUUCCUGUUGUACAGUUAAAUAGUUUAAGAAGUUUUAAGUGAAGCAGCAUGAUAUUUUUUUUUUCCUGCCAUGGUGCCUUCCUUUUCCUAAAGCUAUACCCCCUGUACUGUCAUUAAAGACAACCUGCCUCAGAGUUUAAAAUGUUCUUACACUGUGUCAAUGGCUCAGAGCUUACUGACCUCUAUUUCCUCAGACUUUUAAAGUCCAAAUUCAUCCACAGCCAGCAUUCAAAGAGUUGUUCUGUUAGCCUAUGCAAAUCUUUGACUUGGUAAACUGUAACAGACGGAGCUGUCUGAGCUGUUAUAGUGAUGGGGUUCUUCUAAUUUUGCUUACAUGUGCUUUUUUGUUAUUAUUAUUUUCCAGGAAUGAUAAGGUUUGCCAUAAAUGAAGGAAAGAUAUAUUCCCUUCAGUUUAACAAGGCAGAUUGUGAUUUAAGAGAUUGUUACUGUUUUAGCAAACACAUCCGAAAGCCUUUUGAAUUCAAUCUUGUAAAAUUUUAUGGACGUGAAUGACAUCCAUUAUUAAAUAUAUUUAAGAUGAUUAUACAGC